UUGUUACUGAACUAUCAGCGGUGGCGCAGGGAGAGUCCUGAGAUCAGCCGCUGUCUGUCCCCCUCCUCUGUGCUCGGCCUCCUCAACACAACAUACCACGCUGUCCUCCCCCAGCGGGACCACAGCGGCAGCAGGGUGCUCAUCUACAGGAUCGGACAGUGGGACCCAAAAGACUGGUUGGCCUUCCAGGUGUUCAGUGUCAGCCUGAUGACAUCAGAGAUCAUCUCCAUGGAAACGGAGACACAGACGCAGGGUCUGAAGGCCAUUUUUGACCUGCAGGGAUGGAGUUUAGGCCACGCUCUGCAGGUUAACCCUUCCCUGGCCAGAAAGAUUUCCUCUGUGCUUUCGGACUCUUUUCCACUGAAAGUCCGAGGUAUCCAUCUGGUGAACGAGCCAAUGUUCUUCCGGCCCGUGUUCGCCAUGAUCCGCCCUUUCCUGCCGGAUAAGAUCCGAAAGAGGAUCCAUAUGCACGGUGCUGAUUUCCAGGACACUUUAAGCGACUUCUUCUCACCUUCUGUCCUGCCUCCAGAAUAUGGAGGGGAGGGGCCUGGCAUAGAGGGGGUGUGUCAGGCCUGGACCAAUCAGCUGCUUCAAUCAGAGAAGCUUCUGCAGCAGAUUGCCGCCCACCCAACAGGUGACAUCACCAUCCCUCCUGAGGACUGCUGGAUCUCAGAGACAGUGGAGGCGGAGCAACUGUUAGAGGGAUGAUGUUUGGAGUGAUGGCCCACAGGACUCACAUACACACCCACACACACACACCCACACACACACACACACACACACACACACACACACACACACACACACACACACACACACACACACACACACACACACACACACACACACACACACACACCACACACACACACACACACUUUCCAUUUAUGUUAGAAUAUUUGUAGGAUUAAUAUAUGCCAUAUUCCCAGGUACAUUGAAAUGUGAAUGUGCUGUUAACACUGAGAUUAAAAACAUGUUCUUAAGACCUAAAAUAUGGAAUGCCGUUUAGUGAAUUUUGGCUUAAACGGCAUUCCAUACUAAAAGAGGUUGUUAAUAAUCAGUGGCGAACCGUGUCCAUCACAACUGGACCGUAGACACACACAACCAGAACAAUAUCUGAUUGGUUGCAUUUUGUUUUCAAUACAAAACCACUCAAAUGCGUCGUGCAUGUAAUAUUUCAUAUCAACAACACAGAUACGAUUCUCAUUUAUUCAUUUUAUUUACAUUUUAUAAAAUUGUAUGUAUAUAAUUAAAUCGAUUUUGAUUUAUCUGAGUGUUUCAGGGUGUUCUCUGAAUACCUUGAAGGCCCUGACGGUUCAUCACUGUUAAAAACAGAAUGUGUAUUUAUUCACCUCGCCCUUUUUAAAAACAGAAUGAAUGUAUUUUUAAUGUGCUUGCUUCUUUCAGAGCACGUACAAUUUAAAAGACUUAAAAGGGACAUAAAGGAAAAGUUAUUGCGUUCUCAUGUGGUUACGCAUUUGAACAGUUUUGACACAACAUGAUUGGUAAGCAAUCAUCAACCCUUUGUUCCUGUGAGGUUUGUGCACAUUAAAGCGUCAAUGAAAUAAAUGUUUUGAAUGUUGUGAAUGAAUGUGUAGCAUGUGCUCAGCCUGACCACUGUGUUUUAGAGGUGUGGCCCUCGCCUCGCCUCUGCCUGAUGUGAACUAUUGCAUUGCAUUACAUUGCAACAUCUUUCAACUUUUAAAAUGUACAAAAAAGUAUCGUGGCAAAAUCAACAUGUAGCUAUGUUUGAGGAAGUGGUGCGGUGUGGCGCAGUGCGCUGUGCAAUGAUCAUCAGAUCAAGGGGUGAAACCCGCCGCUGCUGCGUCUGUAAAGCCAUUGUGUCCUUGGGCAAGACACUUCACCUGAACUUGCUCCUGUGGGUAUUGUCCACAGUGGUGACCAUUGCAUGUAUGAUAUGUGUAAUGUGUGUUUGUAAAGCGCUUUGAGCAUCUGGAAAAGCGCUAUAAUAAAUGUAAGGAAUUAUUA